GCAAAAUUGAGAACCCGCCCUUUCUCCUCCAAUGGAACAUCUCUGCAGAACUUCCCCAAAAAUCUCCCCAACAGUUCCCUCCAAAUUUCCAUUAUCAAUCCGCCAUUUUCCGACCUUCAACUCAUUUUCUGUGAAUGGCCCGGCUGUAUCUUUUCCUGUUUUCCUCACUUCCAAAUCGAAUUAUAUCCCACGAGCUCUGGUUUCUCCACAUUGCAAAAUGAAUCAUCAUCAUCGUCUUAGGAAGAAGACGAAUUCUUUCGUUCUGGAAUCGUUAAGGCUGAAUUCCAAGUUCCGGGUUCGAGCUAUUGGUGAAAAUUCUCAAGGGCCUUCUUCUUCUUCUUCCACUGGGGAUAAUAAUAAUGCUAAAGUAGUGAUCUUUAGUUCACUGGUUACGCUGGUACUCGCGGUUGCGAAUCGGGUUCUUUACAAGCUUGCCCUUGUUCCCAUGAAAGAGUACCCAUUCUUUCUCGCUCAACUCACAACUUUUGGAUAUGUCGCAAUAUAUUUCUUCAUUCUGUAUACAAGAUUCAAAGUUGGAAUUGUAACUAAUGAGAUGCUGACCUUUCCAAAGACUCGUUUCAUGAUUAUUGGAUUUCUUGAAGCCCUUGGAGUUGUUGCCGGAAUGUCUUCUGGAGCCAUGCUUCCUGGGCCAGCUAUACCUGUACUGAAUCAGACAUUUUUGGUGUGGCAGUUGGCUCUUUCUGUUCUUCUCCUCGGAAGAAGUUACUCAUUGAAUAAAAUUGUGGGAUGCUUACUUGUUGCAGCUGGUGUCAUUUUUGCAGUUAUGAGUGGAUCAGAUAAUGGUCAAAUGUUGACUGGAACUGGGCUUUUUUGGCCGGCACUGAUGGUAGUUUCUUGCGCUUUCCAAGCUGGUGCAUCAAUCGUCAAGGAAUCUGUUUUCCUUGAUGCUGUAGGCUAUUUGAAGGAGAGGUCUCUUGACAUCUUUGUUGUCAAUUCUUUCGGAUCUGGUUUCCAGGCUUUUUUUGUGGUUCUCCUUCUUCCUUUUCUGUCAAGCUUAAAGGGCAUACCAUUCUCACAGCUCCCUUCAUACUUAAGAAGUGGUGCUGGUUGCUUUCUGAAUGCUGGAACCAAUGUAACAGGCUGUGAAGGAGCCCCAUUACUACCCAUUCUGUAUAUAUUCGUAAACAUAUGUUUCAACAUAUCAGUUCUCAAUCUUGUAAAGAUUUCAUCAGCAGUAGUUUCCUCAUUAGCUGUGAUGUCAUCAGUUCCCGUUGCUAUUUAUAUUCUCUCCCUUCCUCUACCAUACCUCUCGGAAGGCGUAAAGUUGAGUCCCCUUUUUCAUAUGGGCAGCAUUAUUCUCGUGAUGGGUCUGAUUCUGUACAGCUUAGCUAAUCCUCUGAAGGAAAAAUCUGAUAUCAAAUAGCUCAUUAGUGAUACGCGGUGACUUUUGUAACAUCUCACUUUUGUAAAAUUUGUCCUGGUGCUCCAACACGAAUUUUACAUUUGUAGGGCAAUAUAGAUUAUUGACUUAUAUGUUCGAUAUCGAAAUAGGAUCUCUCUUCUGAGCCUGUAAGUAUGAUUUUUUUCAUCUACAUCAUCAGGUGAAACCAACCGUAAUGAAAUGGAAAAUGGCAAAAAUACCAUGAUGAUGCAUGCAGCAAUAUAAAUAUCCAGAUUUGGCAACGCCGGUGAAGAGUAAAAUCACCAUUGCAAAUACAACAAAAAGAUCACCAAAAUCCUUGCCAAAUUGGCUGGAGGCGUAUUAAAUUUCCAACAACUCUUCUAACUAGAAAUUACAAAAGACGCAAAUUGAUGCCGAGACCCAGAGACAAGUACGACGAGAAGAUACAUUGUACAUUUAGAAAUACCAUCAACAGCGAAAUCUCCACUUCCUUAAUGGUGACAAAAAGAACCUCCCGUAGUCGAUCUCUUGAUUCAAUUGCAUCUCUACUGCGACAACUACACGUGCCAUUUAAUUCCGCCUCUGUGUAUCAGCAAACAAGUAAAGACCAUAACUUGGAAUGAUAAUAACAUAUCAAAUAGUUAAACGAGGGACCAUUGAUGCUUGAUGCAUAGAAUGAGCACACACUAACGGAUAAUAAUAAAGAACUCUCUUAUGGAUAUUAAAUUACCUUCUGUUUCUUGAAUUUUCUGC